CACGCAUGGCCAUGCUUGCCAACCGACUAUACACUGUUCGACUUGAUAAUGAGCAUUGAUAACAGUGAGAGCGCGCGCGCGACACGGCUGUUGCCGAUAAAAAUAUUUACCAAACCAAACAACUAACAAGGUUUCAGUUGACGUUCAUCAUUGAAAUCGACUGACCGAUCAUGGACCGACGGCACGUACUACACUUUCCGUUGCGUUAUUGACAUCGCCGUCAUUGAAAUAAUAUAAAUUAGGUAACCUUUGCUUGGACGUUAUUUGGCUGGACGACUGCCAUGGACUUUUUCGCUCUAAUCGCCAUCGUCGUGGCGUUCUACGUCGCUCUUAUGUUUUUGGAUUUCACGUUCAAGUCCUGUUCACACUAUCCAUAUUUGAUGUUAAUACAAAAGACAGGAUUAAGUGUUGGGCCUUUUCAAUUACGAUGGUACACAACGUCAUUGAAUCGUCUUAUACUGAAAAUGUCGUUUUGGCAUCCAAAAUUCCAAACCAAUUGGUUCACUUUUGGGUCUUGGAUUACUAUUUGUUUGAUUAUACCAUCUAUAUGUUUGGUUAUUGUAUCUUCAGCACAAUUGUGUAAAAAAAUAUUCACGGAGCCUACUAGUGAACCAUCAGGCAACCAGCAAGAUACAUUUCUUGAACCAAUAGUACCUGGGAUCAAUUUACCAAUGUCAGACUUAAGCUAUUAUAUAUUUGCACUUAUGUUUUCGACAGUUUUCCAUGAACUAGGACAUGCAUUAGCAGCAAUCAGGGAAGACAUGCAUGUGGAAGGUGUUGGUUUAAUGUUUAUUUUGAUUUUACCUGUGGCUUAUGUUCAUUUGGAUGACAUUACCUCGUUGCCAAGUAGCAAACAGCUUCGAGUUAUGUCAGCCGGCGUGUGGCAUAAUAUAGUUCAAGCUCUAAUGGCCUAUCUUGUUUUAUGGCUCUUACCAUAUAUGUUGUUUCCAUUUUUUACAGUUGGGCAUGGUGUUAUGACCACCCAAAUAAACCAGAAAUCUGGUGUUAAUGGGCAAGGAGGACUAGUAACUGGUGAUGUUAUUACAAAAUUAGGGAACUGUGAUGUGCAUGAUUUUGACUCAUGGAUAGAUUGUUUAAAUCGCACUAAGACAAGUGUAGAUUCUGGAUUUUGUUUAUCACCAGAAUUUGUUCAACAUCAUGACGAAACAAAACCAGUGCAUUAUGUAGAUGAAUAUAUAAUAAACUGCUGCGAUCCAAACUCAAAGACCAAUUUGUGUUUCGAGUAUAUUGAAUCGCUGUCCAAUCCUCAAGAACUACCAAAUCAUUCCUGCUUAAAUGUUAGAAAAGUUAUAGAAAGGUCAACAUCACCCUGUGAUGCUGAUAAUCAAUGUACAUCAGCCCAUUGUUAUUAUCCUGCAAUUCGUAAGAAUCAUAAACUUGUGGUUAUCAAACGUGAAAAAAAAAAUGAAGUCUUAUUUCUUGGACAGCCUACAGAACUGCAAUACAUAUCUGUUACUCAAUAUGUACCCAAGACUGAUUAUCUACCAAAUAGUAUACCCGAAUCCAUUGAAAAAUUUUGUAAAUACCUAAUAAUGUUUGCAGGAGGUUUAGCCGUCAUAAACGUAAUACCGUGUUUUUAUUUUGAUGGAGAAAAAAUAUCAAGGGUAUUAGUGAAUACAAUGCUGAAGGAACACGUUGAACAUUUGAGUGUCCGAUUAGCAAUUUCUAUUUGUUUGACAAUUUUUGGUUCUUUAAUAUUGAUUAUUUAUAUGAUAUUAGGGUUUUGGUCUCUGAUAAAAAUUAUAAACUAGACAUGUACCGUUUGCCUAAUAUUAUUAAUUGUUCCUACUUUCUACUAAUGGUCAGGGGGCAACAUUAUUACUCUUACCAAAUUUCAAAAAUGUAAUUAUUUAUAUUAUUUUUCAAAAUACGUUUGAACUGAAGUUGAUAAGAUGUGUAUUUUAUAUAUUUAUACUAUGUAACUUAUUCUAAUAGUAGAUUUUUUAAUGUAAUCUUAAGCAAGUGCCUGUUCUAUAUUUCUUAAAGAAUUAAUAGGUAUUAUGAUAUUAUACAUUCAACAUUUUAUUAUUGAAAUAAUUUUUUAAGCUAAAGUUCAUAAUUUAUUAUUAUUAUUAUUAUUAUAUUUAUUUAAUGACUGAAAACAUAUAUUUAUUAUUAUAGAAUAUUAAAAUAUUUUGAAUUAGAUCAAUUUUCAAUAAAAAAAUAAUGAAACUUGUUGACCUUACUUUUUUUAAUUGUUAUGUUUGGAUACCAAAUGUCCAAAUAUAUUUGUGAAAUAACUAUCCUAGUCUUAUUUUAUUUAUUAUGUAAAUAUUAAAUAUCAAACAUGUACCUAUAUAUUUAUAAUAUUAGUAACUAAUAUACUAUUAUGGAGGUAAUAUAUUUAUAGAAUUGUAUUCCUAUAAAAUAUAUUAUUAGUCAUUUUGUCUAUAAAUAACAAACAAGGUUCAUUUAUAUGAUACUUUUACCAAAUAAUUUCUAUUGAAUUAAUAAUAUGAAUCAAUUGAAAUUUUUAUAGCUAUAUUAUUUUCUGUUAUUGCUAUAUGACUGUACUUGUAAUUAUUCUUCAAUAAAAUUGUAUGUUUCAUUUUUA